CGAUGAUCAAACUCCCUCCGUCCUCCCCGGGGCACCCACAGCCCCGCCGUGCGGGUCCUUCGGGAUGUUCCUGCCGGGAAAGGCGCAGGCGGGCAGGGCAGGGCUGGUGAUGAGCGGCCCUUGCCCGGUCAGGUACCUUGUCCGGCCCGAUCCCUCGGCUCUGCACUGGAGCUCAGCCGGCGCGGGCGGUCCCGCGUUCCCGAGGCAGCAUCCACACCCCGCUGGGUUCGUGUGAGUGCUGUACGGUCCGUGAUGUCCUUACAGGGUGAACCUUCCCUCCUCGCUGCUCUGUGAAACCGGAGGUCUGUAAAAGGCACGAGUGACUCCAGCCUGUUGGUGCAGGUUCUGUCGUCUCCCCUGUGUGUGACAGCACCGGCCUCUCUCUGUCCCUGCGCUGACUGCGGGGUUGGUCAUCACGAGUCCGAGGGCUGGACAGAAACUAAAGCACCUGUUGACCCUCCCGAGUUGUCUUCAGAGUACAAACAUAGCCAGGAUGUGCUGCAGGAACCCUCCAGGUCUGACUGCCAGAAGUAAAGCAGUUGGAUAAAUCUGCUGGGACAACAGAAUUCAAGUGAUUAACGUGGGUUAAAAGGUGGAAUGCCUCCUGUUCCUCAAGUGGUUCAACAGAUUAGCCAGGAGGGAGACCAACAGCAAAAUGGACCAAACUUGCCAAGUUUGCAUAAUUCCUUCCCUGCUCCACACAGCAGGAACCCAGCUUUUCCUCAGCAGUAGGAAACAUGAGUUCAAUUAUGUUUACUCGAAGGAAAAUGAAAUUCUGCAGCGAAUAACAGCACUGAGGAAAGAAGGUUUAUGGUCUCUGAAGCGUCUGCCCAAACUCCAUGAGGCCCCACGGCACAAAUCACACCGUGAUUACCUUUUGGAAGAAAUGCAGUGGAUGGCAACUGAUUUUGUUCAAGAAAGAAGAUGGAAGAUAACAACUGCCAGGAGGCUGAUUUUAAGCGUAGCUCAUCACCACGAAGAUGUGAUACUUCAUAAGGAAAGAUGCAAGAAAAGAGAAGAGAAGCAAGUGAGGGCUGUUGCUGCUUUUACUGCCAGAGGAAUUGAACACUUCUGGUCCACAAUUAAACAGGUGGUAGAUUUAAAACUGCAAGUAGAGUUAGAAGAGAGGAGGAAGAAAGCAUUAAACAACUAA